UUGUCCUCCAUAGCUCCUUGGGGCAGCCAUUUCCCAUAACACUCAAGAUCGAUCGAAGCAAAGCUCAAUUCUUUCUAAUUUUCUUCAUCUUCUUCGAAUUCUCAUCUCUUUCUCUCAAGUCUCAAAAUGGCAGUGGUUAACGAAACAAAGCAACAAGACAUAAUAUUUCGGUCAAAGCUUCCCGAUAUCUACAUCCCAAAACAUCUUCCUCUACACACGUAUUGCUUAGCCAACAAAACUGAGCACGAGUUAUCUCAUCCCUGCCUCAUCUACGGCCCCACUGGCCAGGUCUACACCUAUGCCGAAGUCGACCUCACCGCCCGAAAAGUCGCCUCCGGCCUCAACAAGAUCGGCGUCAAACAAGGCGACGUGGUAAUGGUGCUGCUGCCAAACUCACCGGAGUACGUGCUGACCUUCUUGGGCGCUUCAUAUCGGGGCGCUAUGACCACAGCCGCCAACCCUUUCUUCACGGCUGCGGAGAUUCAAAAACAGGCCAAGGCCUCGAAGACGAAGCUUAUUGUCACUCAAGCUUCUUACUACGACAAAGUGAAGGAUUUGGAACAGGAAGGAGAUAACAAAGCCAUCAAAUUCGUAUGCGUUGACUCACCGGUUCCUGAAGGUUGGUUCCACUUCUCGGAGCUAUCUGGGGCCGAUGAAAACGACAUGCCGGAGGUGAACAUAAGCCCAGACGACGUCGUUGCGCUGCCUUACUCGUCGGGGACGACGGGGCUGCCCAAAGGGGUGAUGCUGACGCACAAGGGUCUGGUGACUAGCGUGGCGCAACAGGUCGAUGGUGAGAACCCAAACUUGUUCUACAGCAAGGACGACGUCAUUCUAUGCGUGCUGCCUCUGUUCCACAUCUACUCGCUGAACUCGGUCAUGCUUUGCAGCCUCCGGGCUGGGGCGGCGAUCCUGAUUAUGCCCAAGUUCGAGAUUGGUUUGCUGCUUGGGCUGAUAGAGAGGUACAAGGUGAGCGUGGCACCCAUCGUGCCGCCGAUUGUUCUGGCCAUCGCCAAGUACCCGGAUCUCGACAAGUACGACUUGUCGUCCUUGAAGGUGCUCAAGAGUGGUGGAGCACCGCUGGGGAAGGAGCUUGAGGACACGGUCAGAACCAAGUUUCCCAACGUCACGUUAGGCCAGGGAUACGGAAUGACAGAGGCAGGGCCAGUGCUAACGAUGUCGUUGGCGUUCGCGAAGGAGGCUUUUGAUGUCAAAGCAGGGGCUUGUGGAACUGUCGUAAGGAAUGCAGAGAUGAAAAUAGUUGACCCUGAAACUGGUUCCUCUUUGCCACGUAACCAGCCUGGAGAGAUUUGCAUUAGGGGUGACCAAAUCAUGAAAGGCUAUUUGAACGACCCAGAAUCAACAAAGAAUACAAUAGACAAAGAAGGAUGGCUACACACAGGAGAUAUAGGGUUUGUGGAUGAUGAUGAUGAACUCUUCAUUGUUGAUCGAUUAAAGGAGCUUAUCAAGUACAAAGGCUUUCAGGUUGCCCCUGCUGAGCUCGAAGCUUUGCUUCUUACUCACCCCAACAUCUCUGAUGCUGCUGUUGUCCCAAUGAAGGAUGAAGCAGCUGGGGAGGUUCCUGUUGCUUUUGUGGUGCGCUCAAAUAGUUCCCAGGUCACUGAGGAUGAAGUUAAGCAAUUUAUUUCUAAACAGGUUGUGUUCUACAAGAGAAUAAAUCGAGUUUUUUUCAUCGAAGCCAUUCCCAAGUCACCAUCAGGAAAAAUCUUGCGCAAGGACUUGAGAGCAAAACUUGCUUCUGGCAAUCUUUAAAAUGAGAAUAUAAUGAAAUCUACCAAUUUCUUUCCACAAUAUUGAAAUCUACUCAUCAUCAACAUUACAUAUCCAAGUCCAAUCCCUUUUCCACCUCCACCUCCACCUCCAUCUCAACCCCAUUUAUAUAUUAUUCACUAUUCACUUCAAUUGAGAAAGAAUGUUAAUAAACCCUUUGUUAUCAAGAAAUGUAAUUUCUUAAAUAUAUAUAUGUUUAAUUUUUAUGAUUUUUU